GUGUCGACCAAGGAUCAGAAACGCUUUGCAAGAAAAUCAGCUCGAUUUCUCUACACGGCUGAGUUUGUGCUGCUCGUCAAGUACGUCGAAGCGAUCGUGCCCGCAAUCUACAGCGCCAUCGCUGUGAUCGCGUACAACAUUGGACAUCGGGAAUAUUACAACCAGUUCGAGUCCAUGACGUCGGAGAACCUGCACGACAUCGUCCUCAACGUGAUGCUCUACUGUCUGCUCAAGAUACUCUCCUUCUGUGUCUUGUGCGUCGUGCUUAUUCGCAGAAUGGGCCUCUCCGCCAUCCACCUCGUCGCCUUUGUGCUGGGAAGUAGUUUUCAG